CAAUUACAAAUUUAUCAUCAUAACCAAAUUGCUCCUCAUCAAUCCUUUUUAAACCCCCCUUUCCCUCCAUAUAACACAACUAGCUAGCUCCUCAUCACAAACAUUGAACCACAUAACAUCUCUCUCUCCCUCUCUCUCUCAUUCUCUCCAGAGAGAUUAAAAAACAAUGGGUGCCCAUCGACAUUUUGACCCGAUAUCAAAGUGCAGCACGAACAACCGAUCGAACCAGACAGUAGCGGCCGAUCUAGACGGCACGCUAUUGCUCUCGACUAGCGCUUUUCCUUACUACAUGCUCGUGGCCUUAGAAGCCGGAGGCCUUUUCCGAGCCGUGCUACUAUUGGCUUCCGUCCCCAUAGUCUACUUCGUCUACCUAUUCGUCUCGGAGGCACUCGCGAUCCAGACACUCAUCUUCGUCUCGUUCGCGGGCCUCGAGAUCCGCGAAAUCGAGCUCGUGGCCCGUUCAGCAUUACCUCGGUUUUACGCCGGGGACGUGAACCCGGACACGUGGCGCGUUUUCGACUCGUUCGGGAAGAAGUGCGUCGUGACCGCCAACCCUAGGAUUAUGGUGGAGCAUUUUUGCAAGAGCUAUUUGGGGGCGGACAAGGUGCUCGGGACCGAGUUGGAGGCGACGGGUUCGGGCCGGGCCACGGGCUUUUUGAGGAACCCGGGUGUUCUUGUUGGGGCCCACAAGAGGACGGCAGUCGUGAGGGAGUUUGGGCCGGCUAAUUUGCCCGAUUUGGGCCUUGGAGAUAGAGAGACGGAUCACGAUUUCAUGUCCAUAUGCAAGGAGGCAUAUAUGGUGCCUCGUACAAAAACCGAACCACUCCCGAGGAACAAACUCUUGUCCCAAGUCAUAUUCCACGAGGGACGCUUAGUACAAAGGCCCACUCCAUUAGUGGCACUUGUCACCUUCCUAUGGAUGCCACUUGGCAUCAUCUUGUCCCUUGUUAGGGUCUACCUCAACAUCCCCUUGCCCGAAAGAAUCGUACGGUACACGUACGCCGCCCUCGGGAUCAAGCUCGUCAUUCGGGGCAACCCUCCCCCACCUCCCAAGUCCGGUGGCGGCGUAUUGUUCGUCUGCAACCACCGCACGGUGCUCGACCCGGUGGUCACAGCAGUCGCUCUCGGUCGAAAAAUCAGCUGCGUGACUUAUAGCAUCAGCAAGUUCUCAGAGCUGAUUUCGCCGAUUAAGGCGGUGGCCUUGUCGAGGGAAAGGGAUAAGGAUGCGGCAAACAUUCGGAAGUUAUUAGAGGAGGGCGAUUUGGUCAUUUGCCCAGAAGGGACCACGUGCCGUGAGCCGUUUCUGCUGAGGUUCAGCGCGCUUUUCGCGGAGCUGAGCGAUAGGAUUGUUCCGGUCGCGAUCAGGACGAGGCAGAGCGUGUUUUACGGGACGACGACACGCGGGCACAAAGUGUUGGACCCGUAUUUCGUGUUCAUGAACCCGAGGCCGACGUACGAGGUCACGUUUCUGGACCAGCUGCCAAUCGAACUGACCGUUAGAGGGGGUAAAUCGCCGAUCGAGGUUGCGAACUAUAUUCAGAGGGUGUUGGCCGGGACAUUAGGGUUCGAGUGCACGAAUUUGACGAGGAAAGAUAAGUACGCGAUGAUGGCGGGAACUGACGGGCGCGUGGAGUCGAAGAAGGAGAAUGGGUGUGAAGAAAAAAAAUGAACUUUAAUAUUCAUUUUUAUUACAAAAUGUUGUUAUUUAUUCCUCCAAAUUAAGGAUUUUGGGUUAAAAAAUAAGAAUCAAAAUCAAAAUUAUAUGGGAAGAAAAUGAAAUAGAGUUUAUGGAUAGUGUUUGGCCAUGAGGUUGCACAAUGACUAUCAAUAUUAUGUAUAAUAUUGGUCUUUUUUUCUUUACUAAUUCAUUUAGCAAUGGGUAAUAUAAUAUUGUCACACCUAUGAAUGAUGUAAGAUUAUUCAACAAAAG